AUGAGCGGGACGCAAGUGGCACAAAAGUUACUGCAAGCUGCGCAUGUAGCUCCAGAAAUCUUCCAGCUACGUCCGGAUUAUCGCGCCCUCUUGAUGGUGGUAGAGGGUAUUCCUCCCGGCCCAAGCGAUGAUUUCAGCGAGGCCCUUUUGAGGGAAGCUGAAAAUUCCGUCAAGGAAAAGUUAUCCAAUUGUCCCGUUACCGAACUUCCACACAUCGCCGCAUGGCGAGAGGCAUACAAAGCCUUCGGAGCCAAGCCCCAAAAAACGCGCAACAGCCUGGAGGCUCUGACUCGUCGGGCGCAGGAUGGCUUGCCACGAGUCAACCGACUGACCGACAUCUACAAUGCCAUCUCCGUCAAGCAUCAGAUCCCAUUCGGAGGUGAAGACCUUGACAAAUACGACGGAUCGCCUUUCCUAGUCCGCGCCACUGGUAAUGAGGAGUUCGCAACAUUUUCUGGUGGGAAGCCCCAAACGGAACUUGCAGCGCCAGGGGAGCCAGUUUGGUGCGACGACAGUGGCAUCACUUGCCGUCGCUGGAAUUGGCGACAGGGCCCACGGACUGCCUUGACCGAUGAUACCUCGCGCGUUUUAUUCAUCCUAGAUGCGCUAGAGCCGCUCACAGACGAUGUUCUGGCUCAAGCUGCCGACGAGCUCGCUUCGGCUUUGAAACGCCUCUCCCCAGACGUGCAAACAGUGCACCGAAUCCUUGGCCCUUCGGUUUAA